UCACGAAGAACUUAGAAGGUCCAAGAGCAGAAACCAAGGUUGGUAUCAAUGACCACGAGUCUAUAAGAGACACGAACGUGCACAAAAACAUUGGAGGAUACUACUAAGUGUUACGACUAACCUCGCGGGAACUUACGGUGGUAGUAAAGUUAAUACCUAUUGUCUCCCGUUGUCAGACCUUGAGGAAGGAAGACUAGUCUCGAUGGCCCCGCGACUACGGACACUUACCCGGCGUACACUUACCCUCCUGACUUUUUCUACCGCAACAGCAGCAGGCGCUGGAUAUUUCUACCUCAACUCCGGUCCUGCCUAUCCCCAAACAACACACGAGUCUCGACGUCCACCACCACCAUGGUCUCCUCCUUCCCGCACAGCAAUGAUCAACGCCCUAAAGCGCAGUGCUGAUCCAAAACAGGGCGAAGAGGACACCCAGUUUGAUAUAUUGGUCGUAGGAGGAGGCGCCACUGGUGCCGGCGUUGCUGUCGAUGCUGCAAGUCGUGGGCUACGAGUAGCCUUGGUCGAGAGGGAAGAUUUUGCCAGUGGUACGUCCUCCAAGUCCACAAAACUUGUCCAUGGCGGAGUGCGCUAUCUCCAAAAAGCCGUCUUCGAGCUUGACUACGAACAGUACAAACUCGUUCGCGAGGCUCUGCGCGAACGGAAGGUCUUCCUACAGACUGCACCUUAUUUGAGCCAUAUGCUCCCUAUCAUGCUGCCUAUUUAUAAGUACUGGCAAGUCCCAUACUACUGGUCCGGAUGCAAACUUUACGACCUCCUCGCGGGUAAGGAGAACAUGGAAUCAUCCUACCUCAUGUCCAAGGGCAAGGCACUCGAACAGUUCCCCAUGCUCAAAAGCGACGGACUCGUCGGUGCCGUAGUCUACUACGAUGGCCAACACAACGACUCCCGCAUGAACAUUGCCCUCAUCCUCACAGCCAUCAAAGCAGGUGCAACCGCCGCCAACUACUGUGGCGUCACCUCCCUCCACAAAGACCCUACCACAGGCCUCAUCACAGGUGCCCGCGUAAAGGACCACAUCGCAGGAGGUGAAUUCGACGUUAAAGCCAAGGUCAUCAUCAACGCCACGGGCCCAUACACCGACUCCCUUCUCUCCCUCUCCACACCCACACAUAAACCCAUCGUGCGCGCUAGCUCAGGCGUGCACAUAGCCCUCCCCUCCUACUACGCCCCCAAAGGCAUGGGUCUCCUCGACCCCGCAACAAGUGACGGCCGCGUCGUCUUCUUCCUCCCAUGGGAAGGCGGUGUCAUCGCAGGCACUACAGACGAGCCAUAUGACAUGCGCGCGCAUAUCAAACCCCAGGAUGAAAAAGACGCGUAUUUGAGCGGAGACCAUAUUCUCCCGCGCGAACAUGAGAUCCAGUGGGUCAUAGACGAGGUGCGUGGGUAUCUCAGUGGAGAUAUCAAGGUGCGGCGCGGGGAUGUGCUUUCUGCGUGGUCGGGACUGCGGCCGCUUAUCUCAUCGGGUGCGGCGGGCGGUACGGAGGCGUUGGUGAGGAGCCACGUGGUCAAGGUGGAUGAGGGUGGUAUGGUGACCAUUGCGGGUGGGAAGUGGACGACCUAUCGGGCGAUGGCAGAAGAGGCAGUUGAUAAAGCGAUAGAGGUGGGUUCUGGGUUGAGGGAGAAGGCUGGGAGGUGCCAGACGGAAGAGCUAAGACUUGUAGGAAGCGAAGGCUGGGAUCGCAACAUGUUUAUCGGGCUGAUUCAACGUUACGGCCUCGACCCAGAAGUCGCACAACACCUCUCUUCAUCCUACGGCUCACAAGCAUGGACGCUCCUAUCAUCCGCGUCUCAAACGCCUGAUCCACACCGCCCUCUCUCCAUACCAUAUCCCUUCACGCACUCCGAAAUCACAUACGCACUCACCCACGAAUAUGCACAAAAGCCACUCGACGUGCUCCUGCGGCGCACACGUCUAGGCUUCGUCGACGCACGUGCAGCACUCAGCGCCCUACCAGAAGUCAUACACGUCAUGGGCGACACGCUCGGGUGGGAUACCAGGCACAGAGCGGAAGAAGCGAGGAGAGCGGAGGAAGUGCUGCGCGGGAUGGGUGCAGGCGGACGAGUGGAAGCGGGUACAGCUUUAUCAGGAGAGUCAGGAGAGGGCUGGUUGCGCAUGGGAGAGGUGCAGCGGCGCGUGUGUGCGCUAUUUGGAUGUUCUGCGGCUUCAAGUUUGCGCCAGGUUGUUACUGUGACCUAUCCGCGUGCGUUGUUUGAGCCGGGGGAGAUUGAGGCGCUGCGGGAGGUGUUUGGGCAGCAUGCGUUGGUGCCUGGUAAUUCAAUUUCUGGCUCUGGCUCUGGCUCUGGUAUCGGGACGCAGGAGCAGGAGUUGAAGAUGCCUGUGUCAAGGAUACAAGAAGCCUUGCAUUCUAUUGCGGGGCUUGGGUAUGCUUACGACAGUAUACGGGAGUCGGAUUUACGAUAUGUCCUAAGGGAGGCGGGGCUUUCCGACGUACCUGAGGGGAAGGGGAGGAGGGGUGUGGUGGAUUUUGAGGAAUUUGUCGAGAUCUGUGGAGAUUUGAAAGACGUAUCCAUCGCACCUGCUGUGAGUAAGAAGGGCGUGCAGAGGAGGAGGAUACCUGUUGAGAAGAGCGGUGGUGGUGUUUGAGGUUUGAUGUUAGCCUUGCGUCUGGGCUCUUUGCCAUAGAGCAUUCAAUAGGUUUUACAACUUUACAUGUACAGUAUUAAGUUCUACAGCUAUUC